ACGCCACUCACUCUAGACUCUACCCCGCCGUGUGCACAAGCAGCAGCACAGCUCGCGGUCGCGGGCCUGCCGUGCCGAGCGACCACCAAGCGGCCAGCGAGGCUCUCCGCUUGCGCUGCACGCAGACACCGAGACAGGCUCCGUGGCGCACGCGUGCACGCAAUGACGAUGCCCUUGCUGCUCACGCCGGGCGCUCGGGCGGCGCCCUCGCCGUCAACGCUGUCGCGCCUACUCCUUCCGCUCCACCUACAAAUUACUAAUGGCCGGCACAACCACCGGCACGGUCACGUCUCCGCUUCCCCCCUCCUCUACCCUCGCCUCCGCAACCGCCGCGGCCGAUUCUUCGCGUCCUCCUCCUCCUCGUCCCAGAUGGCGGCGCCUGCCGACGCCCCCGGUGGUUCUUCGGACGCGUUUGAGGUGAUCCGCGUUCACCAGGCAAAAGCUGCUCGUCUUUCUCCAGUUGAAGAAAUACGGACCAUUCUGGACCGAAGUGUCAGAGGCGUUCUUGCUACCCAUUCUCAGGAUCAUGCUGGUUAUCCAUCUAGUUCAAUGGUUGAUUUUGCAUGUGAUCAAGAUGGUUCCCCCAUAUUAGCAGUGAGUAGUUUAGCAGUUCAUUCAAAGAAUCUCUCCGGAAAUCCUAAAUGCUCACUUCUUGUCGCCAAAGACCCUGAGGACAGAACGGAUACUGUAAUCACUGUAUAUGGUGAUGCUGUUCCUGUUUCUGACGAAGAAAAAGAUUCCGUGAGAAGUGCUUACCUAAGAAGGCAUCCUGAUGCUUUUUGGGUUGACUUUGGUGACUUCAGUUUCCUGCACAUCAAACCUAAAGCUGUGCGCUAUGUAUCUGGCGUUGCAACUGCUCUCCUUGGCUCUGGAGAAUUCGGUGCUGCCGAGUACAAGGAAGCUAACGUUGAUCCAAUAUCUCAAUUCUCAACUCCUAUUACAAGCCAUAUGAACAAGGAUCAUGCUGAUGAUACAAAGCUCAUUGUGCAACACUCCACUACUGUUAAGGUGGAUUUUGCUUAUAUGCUGGAUGUGGACAGCCUUGGUUUUAAUGUGAAGGCUGGUUAUGAUGGAAGUGUUCUAAAGUUGCGUAUCCCCUUCCCAAGGCAGGCGCAAGACAGGAAGGAUGUUAAAACACUAAUUGUGGAAAUGCUCCAAGCUGCAAGAGCCUCAUCUUCAGAUCCUGAAUGAUGUCGUCGUCAUCCUAGAAGGUGAUGAAUCUGUCGGUGCAAAUGAAAGUAAACCUAAUUAAUAAGAGUUCUUGGGUUUCCAUCCAAUCUCUGCACCAACUGAAGGUGGAGCCACAGAAAUUUCAUGGACUGAUACACGACCUUGUAUAUAACAAAGAGCGCUUAAUUACUUGUAGUUGCAUGAAUACAAAGCGACUUCACUAUAUUGUACUUACUGACAUGUGCAGCUCUUUCAACUGAUUGUUCACCAAGUGGCUGUGAACUUAUUUCAACCAAACAGCGUACAACUUUAUUACA